GGAAUAAACUGAUCCUGUGAGAUCUGCAGACAUGUCUGGAAAGCCAGUUUGUGUUGCUGAUUUUGAACAUUAUGCUAAAACAUUUCUCCCCAAAUCAGUUUAUGAUUAUUACCGAUCUGGAGCAGAUGACCAAGAAACAUUAGCAGAUAACGUAGCAGCAUUUUCAAGAUGGAAGCUGUACCCCCGGAUGCUCAGGGACGUGUCUGUAAUGGACCUGUCAACCUCAGUCUUGGGGCAGAAGAUCAGCAUGCCGGUCUGCGUUGCGGCGACUGCUAUGCAGCGCAUGGCUCACCCUGAUGGAGAGACGGCGACCGCUAAAGCAUGCCAGGCAAUGGGGACAGGAAUGAUGCUGAGCUCCUGGGCCACCUCCUCUGUUGAAGAAGUUGCUGAAGCAGCUCCUGGAGGCCUUCGCUGGCUGCAGCUUUAUGUGUACAAGGACCGAGAGGUUACCAAGUCCCUAGUGAAGCGUGCAGAGAGAGCAGGUUACAAAGGAAUCUUUGUGACUGUGGACACACCGUUCCUCGGAAGGCGUAUUGAUGAUGUGCGCAACAAGUUCCAGCUUCCUCCCCACCUCAGGUUAAAAAAUUUUUCAAGCAACAACUUGGCCUUCUCCUCAGGGCAAGACUUUGGCGAAAACAGCGGACUGGCUGUCUAUGUAGCCAACGCAAUUGAUGCAAGUAUCAGUUGGAAGGACAUCAGAUGGCUUCGUCGGCUGACAUCACUGCCCAUUGUUGUAAAAGGAAUCCUAAGAGCUGAUGAUGCUAAAGAAGCUGUGCAGCUUGGGGUAGAUGGUAUACUGGUGUCAAAUCAUGGAGCACGUCAGCUUGAUGGAGUUCCUGCAACGAUUGAUAUCUUGCCUGAAAUUGUUGAGGCUGUGGAGGGGAAGGUGGAGGUGUUCCUAGAUGGUGGCGUAAGAAAAGGCACAGACGUACUCAAAGCAUUAGCUCUGGGUGCCAAAGCUGUAUUCAUCGGCAGGCCUCUCAUCUGGGGCUUGGCUUAUCAAGGUGAAGAAGGAGCAAAAGAAGUUCUCCAGAUGUUGAAGGAAGAGUUUCGACUGGCAAUGGCACUGACAGGAUGCCGGACUGUAAAAGAGAUUGGCAGGACAUUGAUACGAAGACAUGAAGUACUACUUUCCAAGAUUUAGAUCUGAAGAUGAUCCCCUCGCUUGUUGCCUGUUGUACAGAAAGCACACUAGAUAAAAAACAACACUGUUUGCUCUUUGGGUCUCAUGCUGCAAUUCUGACUGAAAAGGAGUCUUCUGUAAGCAACUGCUUGUUGAAGAAGUUAUUUGCUUCAAGUUUUACAGCCUAUUCUGCUAGGCUUUUAUGGAAAGCUGCUGUGCUGUUAGUUGUGAUUAGAGAUGUGUCUUUAUACAAGACCAAGACAGAAACUUGAAGGUGUUUUGCAAUAAAUGCUGAUAUUAGCUUUCAAACCUUUUUAGUACUAAAACCAUAAAACCAUAAAAGAACAUGUUCUGAUGGCAAACAGCUAUCAAAAUGUAGAAAAUUAAAAUGUAGAAGGUACUUUUCUCACUGGUUAGAGAAACUCCAGUGUAGAUCAGAAAUUAAAUCUUGCUCUAUUAUGAAUAUAAUUUCUUCUCCCUAAUAGUGAUGUGCUGUUCCUUAAUAAGUAUGUGGACUUACAUCAUGUAGGCUGUAGAAACUCAGAGUUCUUAGUUAUAAAGAACUGCACAGCAAAGUGAAAUUGGAGAAGUGACUCAAAGCCCUUUGCAAUCAGACAACCACUGUGCUUGUGAAUCAGGCACACAUCAGAUCUUUGGCUUGUGCGAAUCCUGGUAGGUCUAUUGCCUUCACCAGUAUACCCAGCUGGAUCCCUACGUUAUGUUUUUAAACUGGACUCAAUUCUUCACAGUUUUUUAGAUUAUUGGAUAAAUCUGUAGCAUCUUGCAUCAGCAUUGCAGAAAGGUUUUGAAAAUCUUGUUCUGGAAUUAUUUUUUUUUUUUAAGCCACCAUUACACUGUUCCACUGUCACUGAUAUCACUGUCUGUACCAUUUGUUUCUCAUCAAUGUCAGGAGAACUUGUGCAUUCUGAUUCUCCCUUUUUGCUUUAUUUGAAAUAUCAUGUAUUGAGUUUUAGAGGCAGUUUUGUCAUAAAUGAUGGAAUAGUACAAUAUGAACUAAAGCAGAGGCUGGAACUCAAAACGGGGAGAAAACCCAAAAGGCCACAUGCUUGCCCUUCAGUUGUAAAAUUUGUUCUCUUAUUUACUGCAGAUUGUAGUGUGUUGUGUAGGGGUUGCAUAGCAACAAAAUAAAGUUUAUCUGUGUAAGGAAAUAUGAAUGUUUCUCAGAGCAUAGAGAAGCAUAAUUUCUGCUGUUUACUGCACUUAUCAUAUCUGUCGCAAUGUGGACUGUGUCAGAUGUCAAUUACAGACUAACUUCAGAAAGACUGUUUAUUUUAGAUAAUAUAAAUGUUACUUAAAAGAUAGGGGAUAAUAUCUUAUGUUUACAUGUUUAAGAUCCAUUUCUAAAGUUUAGAAGAUGCAGUUUCCUGUCUUAGCCCCAACCAAAUUCAAGUAAAGUUCUGUAACUCUGUGGUCCAGGGUAAAUUCUGCUGGUGAGGAAACUGAUUUUGUUAUUUGUGCAAAAUUAACUAUUUCUAGUUCCUUUGGGCAAAUGGGCUUGUAUUCGUUCUUUCCUGCUUGUUAUCUGAGAAUUGCCUGACUUCCAUUUCAAUCCUGGUGAGUAUAUACAUGCAAACAAAAACAGAGUCAAGUACUGAAAGGCUGUGAGACAAAGCUGACAGAAAUGAAAUUAGUUUCUGUUUAAAAGAAGUAUAUAUAUUUCAGUCAAGGGAAUUUUACUAGAUUUGGAGACAACCAAAUACAAUUGCUUCUUGAAAUGUUAAUGAAACUUUUUUGUGUGUUUUAAUUUGUCAUAGAACUGGGGGAAGAUCAAUGAGACUCAGCCAUUCUGAACAAUGCUCAAUCUAAGUAAAACUUUAGCUCAUGGUACCUUCAUAUACAGCUAAGAAGGAAGCACCCCAUGCAUAACAUAGUAGUGGUGGAUCUUUCUGGAGGUUGAGAAUGUUUUUGAGGUUAAUUUAUGCAAUAUAAUUAAAGAAAAUAAUAAGCCUAUAGGAGGCAGAGAAGUAGAACAGAACAGUUUGUACAUUUUGCAUUUGUGAUGCUCUAGUAUGUCUUCCUAUCUCUGUGUCAAAUAAUGAACACACCAUCUUGUUUAACUGUAACAUUAUUUUCUGACUUUACCUUUGCUCUAAGCCAUAGGUACCAAAAGAAGAUGUCUUCAUAGAAAAAUAUGUGGUAAGGGAAGUACACUGAGUCAUAUUUAUCUACCCAGAAAGCCAGCAGUCAACUGAUGUGCUGGGUGACUGAAGAAUAUCAACCCACCUGAUAGGCUGGUAACUGAACAUUAUCUGAAUGGGGUUUUCUAAACGCUUUUCAAGUAGACAGGAAUAUUCUGUGGAAAAAAAUAGGACUGCAACUCUUAGUGGAUUUCUCCACUAUUUUGUGAAGAGAGAAGAUCCAAAAGCAACACCUGAGAGUGUACAAGUGAGGAUCCUGGACUUCUGAGAAAAAAGUGGUAUCUCACAAGAGCCAAAGAUGUGAGGCAGGUUUUUAUAUACUGUGUGGAGGUUUUUUGUGUUUUUUUUGUUUUGUUUUGUUUUGUUUUGUUUUUUCCUUUUUCCCCCAUAUUCAGCCUGUCUGGAUUUCUCUGGUGCUGUCAGUUUGAAAUAUUUUCUGGAAAAUGUCACCAUAAAGUUAUCUUCUUGGCCUCUGUAAGCCCAUAGAAGAUUAAAACCCACUAAAGAGAGUACAGAAGAGCACAGCUCGCUAGCAAGGCUAUGUAGAUACAUGUGUGAAGCAGAGAGGCUUCAGCUCUGGUGCGGACUCCCAGAGACUCAUUCCUAGCAACACGCGCUAUCAAAGACAGUCUGUGUCAAAGUGGCAAGGUCAGUGAAAGAGCCUGUGACACUGUCUGAACAUCUGGUAGAGCGUAUCAAAGCCAGACAUGCAAGGAGCAGGGCCUUCCUAAGAGAGGAAAAACAGCCAACAUGCUUCUGCAGAAGAUCUUGAGUUGCAACAAGCAGGUGGGUGUGUAUUUGGAGGAAAGAUUUGGCUGUAUCAGGAAUAUAUUUGCUGUUAGAGAUGGGCAGUUAUGUACAGCAGAGAAGAGUGCUGAAGCAUAAGGAGUACAGGACUGAGGCAUAAGAUGGCAGCAGUCAGCUGAGGAUUGUGAGACCGUCUCACUUUUCAGAUGUAAAGGGAAGGAGAUUAGAGUAGCUUUGGGAGGUUUUACAUCCUCGCUUAGCCCGUCAGUUCUUUGAAGUAGAGACCUGCUGCUUUUUGAACAUUCGGAGCCUGCGCACAGGGUGGGGAAUCCACUAAGUAAAUAAUAGGAGUCAUAAUUCAGUUCACUUGAGCUGAAGAGCUGUGAAAGACAUGAUCUGUUUUCUUGUGACCUCCGCCUCUUGCUGUAACUCUGGGACACAUUAUUGUAUUUUGCUUUUUACCCAUGGCCAAGUCAAACAAAUAGCUCUGGGACUGGUAAGAACUCCACCUCCAUCCCCGAUUUUUCAGGUGAAGGAUGAAACUUGUCUGUCUUACUGAGAAUUUCUGAACAUAAAUAAACAGAUACUCAGAGUAACUUGAUUUGAUAAAUGGGCAGUGUAGGUCAGGGCCUGUUGGAUAUGUAGGUGACACAAAGAUGAAGCAGAACUGGGGAAGUAGGCAGGAAUGGCUCUGCUUUUCUUGGCUUCUCAAAUGGUUUUCAGGCUGAAAUCAAAUACUGAGAGCACGAGGAAAGCUGGCUUCUUAAGUCAUGAUUUUGCACUGAACCUCACUGUAAGGAUAUCUCUUAUAAAGCUACUUUUGAUGUGGAAAUUUGGCUCCAAACCACACUGAAGACCAUUAUAAAUAACCACUUCAUCACAGGACACACAGAAGUUGGCUUCCUUGAACACUCCUAGAAAGCAAGUCUAAUAUUAUUGAGCCAUAACCUCAGCUAGUGUAAAUCAGAGAAGCUCUAUUGACUUCAUUAGCUCACACUGAUUUACACCAGCUGUGAAUGUGGCCUCACAAUAUAGGAAGAUAUGUCAGCUUUUAAAUUCUAUCACUGAGUGUUGAAGAAAACUGUUUUUAAAACAAGACUGCCAAUCCCAAAUUUGGAUACUAAUGAGACACGGUACUGUAAUUGUUUCAUGAUGCCUGUAUGCUCCAUUUUGUUUUAAUUUUGCAUUGCUUCUGUUUUUCUUAUCUCUUGCCAAACAGAGGGAGAGUAUCACAUAUGUUACAUUCAUAAGAAAGAUGUUUUGCUGCUUUGAGAACAUGUCCUCCAGAUGCAAAAUGCUUUUUUUGUUGUCAUUCAGCUUCUUCCUUUGCAUAGGUUUCUUGUUUAUGUGCCAAUAUUAGACUGCUCUAGAGAGUCAGCCUCAUGCUUCUCCAGGGCCCUGGAGUUCUUGAAGGGGCACCAAGAGGCUGUCCCAGCCAAACCUCAAAGAUCUGAUUUCCUCGUAGUGGUUUUCAGCUCUGAAAUCAUUAUUGCAGAUGAGCAGUGGGAACUGCGCCUAGGAGCACCCUGAUAGGAAUGACCCUGAGACCAUCAAUACAUUUCUGUAACGUUUCUGUUGGGUGUUCAUGGGGUUAACUUUAGUAAGUAAUCCAUUGUACUUGCACCUUUAUGGUAUGCAAGGCUGGUAGAUACAUACAGAUGGUUUGUUCAAGAAAGGGGAAAAUAAAUAAUCUUGACAAUGAUUAAUAUUUGUUAUUUCAUUACAACAGCAGCUGUAAGUUCUAGUCAAAGUCAAGAUCUCGCUGUGCAAUGCAAAGAUGCUUCUAUGCCAUCAACAGUCUCUGCACAACACAGUCUGAAGUGUGAAUUAACAGACACAGAAAAAGAAUGUUUUUAUUUCUAUUUUAUAAAGAGACUAACCAGUUUCACCAGCACUCGGUCACAGGAUGGAACGAAGUUCCUUUAAUGUCAUUUUCACCACCUUAUUUAUAAACCUUGCUUUUCUCCCUAAGGCAGAUGGCUCUGAGGUGAACAUUACAUAUUGCAAAUACCUAGCAUCUUUGGCAAAGGUCCAAAGAUGCACUCUGGAACGGUGAGUAGACAUGGGUCACAGAAGAGCUCUUAACCUCUGUACUUUUCACUGUGAGAGGAGGGCUCCUGAUGCACCUGGGACCAUAUCUAAUACUCUGCCAGUUAGCCAGACAAACUCUGGCUGUGGUGGCUUUGCAGGAGACUUAAUAUUUCUUCCUUGUUAUCUGUAAAUCAAUCAAACACCGAUUUUCUUGGAUUCUCCCCAGGCCCUUCAGUAUGCUAACACCUUUAGUUCUGUGUACUUACCUUGAAGUUUCCUGUUAGGAAGAAUUGUAAUGGAUAUAAAACACAUUUUGCUCAUUACAAGAGUUCCACAGACAAGGUAUUUAUGGUUAAGCUAAUUUUACAUGAGAUUUGUCCGGUUUUCAAGAUUGGCCAUUAAUUCUACAAAGGGAGAUGCAAGAAUCCUACAAUAAGCCAAUGAGGUAGAAAGUUAACUUUUGUACGAAUUCAGGAUAUGUGCACUUUUCUAUUUGGUGAGGCUAGCAAAUUAAUUCAGCAUGCAUUUUUACUGGACCCAGAAUUCUGCCAUGGGUAUGAGAUAAUUUUCAUAACAGGUAAGAUGUGAAUGAUGUCUAUGAAUGGGAAUGUGAUCAGCAGCAGCAUCUCACAUACCCAAGCUCUCCUCAGAGUCUGUAGUGUAAGUAGAGUCUAAGUUAGUGCUGACUCUAGAGCUAUACAUCUACAGCCAUCAGAUGAUUAAGAGUAACAAAAAAUAUUGAAUUUGGUAUAGUCAAAAUCAAAACCUUUUGACAAGCAUACAUUUUUCGCCCAGAAUCCUGCAAAAAAAUUUUUUUGCAUGCCCUUCAUACAAGAAACUCCACUCUGUAGAAAGAGUUACAAGCAAAGAAGUCUAUAUUGCAAAAAGAGAACUUGGUUACAGUUUUAAAAUGACACAAAUAUUAUCUGGUAAUAAAGACAUCUGCAAAUAAAGAAUGGCAGUAACUUACCUCAUUUUCUUCUUGCCUGAUGACUAUAGCUUUUUCAGUGGUUGCAAGUUCAGGGGUUUCAGCUCUGCGUUGUGACCUUACAUCUCAUUGUGUCCUGCCUAGUGCUGCCAUGUCAGCCUUUGCUGCAGCGUCCUUGGUUUUGACCUUGCAAGGAAGAAGUAAUAAAAGAGAUGCUUAGGAUCUUUGGGUAGAGUCUUUGCCACUUGCGUAUAUUUCCAAAUGAAGUGUGGAUGUGUGUGGGUAUUGGUGGAUGGCAUUUGCCCAGAAGAUAAAGAGAUCUGCGUAGAUGGGAAUUUGGCAUGAGCUAUAGGUUGCAUAUGGUGCUUUAAUACAUUGCAUAAGUAGACAAAGCACAUCUUGGCAAAGAAUCCCAGUCAACUGGUUCCCAGGCUACGUACAACCUAAAGAUGUUAAGUAGGAAGCCAGCAAAGAUCUUGAAGUACUGUUGCCUACAUCAUGUUAUAAGUCAGUAAUAUUGUCCAGGGGCUGGGGUGAUGGAGACUGCUCUUCUGGAAGUUUUGCUGCAAGGGUUAUGGUAUGGUAUGCAAGGGUAAAUAAAGAAGCCUGCUAUCAUUUAUUCCAAUUAAUCUGUUUGGAUGCCGAUUCCAUCUUUGUCUAAAAUGUUUAGGACCAAAUCUUGAACUAGUGUAGCUUUGAUGCAGUUUGCAGAGUUGUUCUGAUCUCUGUCAGCUGAGAAUCUGAACCUACAGGUGUCUCUUUCCCUGUCCUUCAAAGAAGCAUCAGUUUUCAUUGAUUUAAUUAAAAAUUUGUUACAAAUUUCUUUAGGUCCAAGAUAAGAUACUUGAUGUUACCAUAGAAGACAAUUGAUUGUCACCUUUUAUCAGGAAUUAUGAGACAGCUGGAGGAAAGUAGCAAGUUCUGUGCUGAGGCCAAGAUGUUCUUAGCUGUACAAACUUUACCAAACUGCCUUCUGAAUGCUGCUGAUAUUUCCCAAGCAAAGUUGCCCUAUUAUAGUACUGAGAUUGAAUAUCAGGUCUUGUUCUUGUGUGAACAGCUCUGGUGUGUGACAUAUACACUAACAUACGAACAAGUGCUUCCUGACUUCUUCACUCUUUAUGCUGUCUACCCAAAAAAACUAUGCCUUACCAGAAUUAAAUCUCCCAAACUUUGCAUUGUAUGUGCUUACUGUUAACUUGGAAGACUGCCACAGCUGUGCAGAGGGCUUAAAACUUAUCUCUGACAAUCUGAUCCCUAGCUUAUUUUCUGGUUAUGCAGUGGUGCCAGAGAACCUCUGUAAGACCUCAUGAUACUUCAUUAACCAUAUCUUCUCGUGUUAACCUGUGGAUAGUCAUUCACAAACAAGAGGGCUGUUCCAAAUGCAGUGCCUCAAACGUUACUAUUAUGGUCCACAACAUUAGAGGUGAAUGUUGGUAGUAUAGCAGUUAAAGUUGCACAUUCCUGCCAACAUUCUAUUUUGUUGCUGUGAGACAGAUGGACUUGGAGGGACAGUCUGACGAAAUGGUAGCUAUCAUGGAAGUGUAUAUGAAGCAAAGGUGUGUCGCUGAAUUCCUCCAUGUGGAAAAAAUGAUACCUAUUGACAUUUGUCAACACAUCUUGAAUGUUAAUGGAGACCAAACAGAGGAUGUGAGCACAGUGAGGUGGUGGGUGGUGAAAGACAAGACAUGUUCCAGAUGGCAAUGUGUAGCUGUCACACCAUGAAACGAAGAACAACUUGAUCUUGAGCAUCUUGAACUCAUUUGUGGAGUAUUACUAGGAAACUGUACUGUGCUGAAUUUGGAAAUGAUGGUGUCAGUGUUAGAAUAUCACUAUGUUGUGCCAGGUGGAUCCCAUGAAUGUUCACACAGGAGCAGAAUUUGUAUGCACUGAAUCAACAUGAGGCUGAAGGUGACAAUUUCCUGUAUUACAUCAUUAUUGGUGACAAGAUAUGGUGUCACCACUAUGAAAUAGAGUCAAAAUGGCAGUCCAUGGAAUGGCAACCUGUAAAUUCCCCAGAAAAAACAGGUCAAGACACAGUCUGCAGUAGGUAAUAUAUUUUGGGAUAGAAAAGAAGUGAUCCUUCUGGAUUUCCUGGAAGCCAGACAGACCAUCAGGUCUGACCACUACAUCGUAACGAGGAUGAAGCUGAAGGCUCAAACUACCAGAGUCAGACCAGAGAAGACCACAACCUUUCUGCUGUAACAUGAUGCAUGCUUCUGGCCUAUCACAGAAAAGGCCCUUUACCAUAAAGUUUCCAGAAAUUGAAGGCAACAUUCAAAAAAGUCUAAUGGAGAAAUGUAGGAGAAGAUAAAGUAAAUGACUCUAAGGUGAUCUCAAAGAAAAAUACCAAAGGGGAAUUCAGGGACCAAAGGUUUACUUUAUCAGAGCACUGAGGCUGUAAUAGGAAGAUAGGAGUAAUCACCUCCAAGAUUUCUGUCACCUCAAUCAACCUUCAAGGGAAAAUCAUCACAAGAGAGCGUCUGAGGCUCAUGAAGAUGUGAGUGAUAACAUGAGGCGGUCAUAAGGCAAGAGUCAUGUGUCUCCAGACAUCUUCCAAAUGGACUGAGUGAUGAAUCACAAAGCUGAAACAACAACAAAUACAGGACAGACCAGCAAGAAUAAAACCAUCAUCUCAAUACUUAGCUGUUGUUGCUUCUUCUGAUCUCCUGAGCCACUUCCAAUCCAGAUGGGAAACAGAAGAACAUGGAGAUUUUGCAAUUUGAGCUGAGCCAGGCAGGAGCUCUUUGGCAGAAGAAGAGGCCUCCCGAGGGAUAAAUACAAUCCAGAAGAUGACUGCAGAGGGAAAUGUGACCUGCAGCAUGCACAAUCUCCACUGUGAAACAAACUGCUGCUGGACCUGUACGCCUCUUUAGUUCCCACGGACAGUGAAUCAUCCUGUUUGGGAAGUAUCUAGCACCAAACCGUCUGAUCUCCACUGGUCAAAGAAGAAAAAUCAAGCCACAUAACAACUGCACUGGGCUAGGAUGCUCCGUGGAAGACAGCAUCUUGUAAAAGCAGUCGGGGUCUACCAGAAAACACCACAAUAAACACCGCAAAACACAAGGAGUCCGCCAGCUGCAGAAAGCCAACAACAGGAUCAAAAGAGAAAUGUCCCAAGGUACAAACAAGACACGGGGCUGUUCGCACCACUGAAGCGGGAAGGGAAGAAAACGUGAAGAUUUAGCUCAGUUCUGUUGGCAUCAAGUGGACAUGUUUAUUACAGCUGGCAGAGAGCCUUGUCAAAACGAUGAAGUAGCAGGAAUCUCCUUGGAGAGCAAUGUAUCACAACAUUUUUGAAGAUUAUUUCCAAAUCGAAGAUGACUUCCAAAGAACAGCAAGGAUGUAAUCUUGGAGCCAAUCAAACCAAUGGCAAAAAUCCCACUUUCUGCAUGAUUUUAAUGGAGCCUCUGAAAUUUUGGAGCUUCACAUGUUAUGGUUAAAAGCUCUUAUCCUAUCAGCCCAAGUGAAUCAAGGUGGGAGGAGGUGAAGCAAUUGGAACGGGCAGUUUUUAAGGCUGCACUGAGUAUAAGGGGACGUAAGUGGAGACCAUGCCCCAAACAGAACCAGAGGAGAUGGUGACUGUAUCUCCUGCUUUUAUCAUCCCUUUCCACCCUGCAAACUCAUCUCCUUCAUUUCUCAUAUUUAUGGAAGCUGUUUCCCACCUCUCCUCAUCCUGAGUGCUUUUCAGCUCAACUCUUCUGGAGGCCAAGAAACUCGCUAUUAUCAUGACACGGUUUCAUCAAUGAUUCCUGUCAUGGUGGAUUCUUAUUUUGCUCCUGCUGCAUUUCCAGAGGUGGUCAUACUUACCUAAAAUAGCUGGCAUGUUUGUAUCUGUGAGAAGCUGAACUCAGCCUGCUCUACUUGAACAGAUGAAUUGAAGACAGAUUUUUCUCUUUACCCAACCCCAUUAUAGAUGCAUUUCUCCUGGAGAAUCAACUCUCACAGCAGUGUGAAACCAGUUAACGUUAGCAAGCCACUUCCUCAUUUCACAAAAUACUGCUGCUUUUCUGUUGUCCUGGAUCAUUCUCACUCCCCUGUCAGUCAGGUGAGUGGCUUAGCAGGAAGGGCCAAACUUGUGCCUCAUCCUUGCGAGCUGUGCAUCUGCCCUGUGACACAGCCCUCCCCUGGUGCAGCUGUGCAGCCAGACCUGUCACAUGGAGGUACCAUGCUGCUGGCUGUCACCCCUCCAGGGCUAUUCUGCACACCAUUUUGCUCCUGGAAGUCCUGGAUAAUUGUAUCACAGCUAUGGGAGUCUGGCACUUUCUUACAGAGAACACAACUGGAAGCAGAGCUAAUGGUGAUCUUCAGAGCAACAUGUUUGGUCCAAAACUUUCCAAAGAAGAACUGUAGCAUGAAUAUAUUUUGAAACUCCAUGAUUGUGCUAUACUGACCUUCAUUGCAACUGCAAAUUUUUUAUUUUUUUUUUUUAUUCCCUCUCCUGUAUUUUAGAGCUUUUCUUACCUAGCUGCAUCUGUUCAGGUAAUGGAAAAAUAUUAUUUCUUUAUAAUUAAGUUCAAUAUGUCUACAGCCUAGAUAGACUGUAUUUACAGGGCUGGCUCUUUCUGCAUGUAGCAAGGGCUGCGUUACCAGAAGCCUAAUCCUGAAUCAGUAGGAAUGGUGGCAUUAAAUUAAAUGGGAGCAGGAUCCCACCAUGCAUUAUUUUAGCCAAGCUAGCAUGCCACAAAGAAAUGUGUUGAAACAUUUAUUUAAAUUAAAAAAAAAAAAAAAGGAGAGAAACAUAUGGUUAAAUAAUUAAUGGGAAUCAUGAAACACCUACACAGAAUAGUGGGAAGCAUGGAAAUCCUCAUACACGUAUUUGAAGUUACACCACAGAUUUCUUGGGUGUUUUUCUUUUUUGCUCUGCUAUUUUAUGUCCAUACAAAUAAUAUGGAUGGUGAUUAUGUGAUUUCAGAUUGCUCAGGUAACGUUUUCCUGUGUAGCAACCAGAAGUGAGUCAUGUUUAACAUGAAGCAAAGUUCACAGCUGCAGUGUUUUGUUCUGAGCAGUGCCAUUGCCUGUAACACAGCAAAGCAUGGUGGGAGGGGGGAGCACACUGAUACUGCUGUCAUGCCAGAAAGCAAAGACAUAACUAAUUUUAGGGAAAGCAUGGGGGGAAGAGGUGGCUUCUGUCAACUCUAGCAGCAUUCUUAUACUGCAGUAGAAACUGCUGGAACACUUUAUUUUGUGUAACACCAAUGUACUGCUGUGUAGAGAGACAUUAUUUUUGUGUACAGUUGCACAGAAAGGUUGAUCAUAUGUGCUACUGGGAUGAGAAAUAGUGGAUGUGCAAAGGACUCUCAGAGAGGCCAGUACAUUUUUUAUCUGCU